AUGUCAGUGUCAUCAGAGGACUGCCACUUUUGGAGACUGCCGCUGGAGGUGCGCUUUCUGGUCUACAACCUCGUCUACGGCCCUGGCAAGACAAUCUCUCUAUCGCUAAGUUCCUUCAUGAUGGAACUUGACAGUCGAGCUAAGCCAAGGGUCGUGUUAAGACGGGACAAAAGCUCACCAAGCGCUGUCGAACGGAGACUUGUGAACAGCCAGUAUCUUUCAGAGACGAUGCAACACCUUGCGGAGCACAGCAAAUUUCGACUCUGGCGCGACUUCCAUCGCUUUUGCUUGCUCUCGCCCGGCUUCUUGGAACACAUCCGGCUCCUUCAACUCGACUGGAACGAGUAUGACUCGCCCGCGAAGUUGGACCUCAGCAAUAUCUGCCCAAGACUGCGACAGCUCCAGAUAAUCGUCGACUCACGAGGUCUGUCGCUGUGGAACCUGUUAGAUCGGCCGUGUAAAAACAUGAUUCGCAGGAUGCCGCUCGUGGUUGCGCUCUCGGGUACCUGUGGCCUCCAGGAAUUCGGACUACAUGAUGAGGCCGAAUAUGUCAACAGAUAUGGGUUCGUUUCCUCUGUCAUUGAUGAUGAGAGACGGCUUCGCGUUGCAAUGUUAGAAGAAGUGAUUAGACAAGUGGUGACUCGGCCAAAGGGAGGACAGGAGGAGCCGGCAUAA